GUGUAGCGUAUACGGUACGUGUGUACUGCGUCAACCAACAAGAUCUCGAGUCAUAAUUUGGAAAAGCAUAACUUAUCAAAGCCAUGGCGUCCUUUAUGCUGAAUUCUGCUCGAGUAACAGGUUUCUUAUCCAAUGCUGGAAAUCAUUUUACUUUCAAUGGUGUCCGAGCCCUCAGUACAAGCUGCAGACAUGAAGCCGCCAAAACCAAGAAAUCCCUUGCCAAACAGAAUGUUAAAAACAUUGUUCUGGUCGAGGGAGUUAGAACACCAUUUCUCAUGUCCGGGACGGAAUACAAAGAUCUUAUGCCACAUGAUUUACAAAGAGAAGCUAUGAAAGGCCUUAUAGAAAGAACUUCAAUUCCAAAAGAUUCUGUUGAUCACAUUGUAGUUGGUACAGUCAUUCAAGAAGUCAAAACCAGUAACAUUGCUCGAGAGGCUGCUCUAGAAGCAGGGUUUUCAGAUCGCGUCCCGGCCCACACGGUAACCAUGGCAUGCAUCUCAUCCAACCAAGCCAUCACAUCAGGUAUGGGUAUGUUAGCGUCAGGCCAAGCAGACACCAUCAUCGCUGGGGGCGUGGACUUCAUGUCAGAUGCACCAAUCAGACACAGCCGUCAAAUGAGGAAGUUCAUGUUGAACCUGGGCAAGGCAAAGACAGCUGGAGCCAAGAUGAGCCUUGCUUCCAGACAUCUCAGUAUGGCUGCCCUGGCCCCAGAGCUCCCUGCGGUAGCUGAAUUCUCUUCCAACGAGACUAUGGGUCAUUCCGCCGACAGACUGGCUGCUGCUUUUGGAGUCAGUCGUCAAGAACAGGACAACUACAGCAUCCGUUCCCACACCCUGGCGGACAAGGCAACCAAGGAAGGCCUCUUGACCGACCGAUUGACCUACAUCGUUCCCAAGACCGGCAAGGCCGUCGAGGCUGACAAUGGCAUCAGGCCGUCCAGUGAGGCCCAGAUGGCAAGACUAAAACCAGCAUUUAUCAAACCUCAUGGAACCAUCACUGCUGCAAAUGCUUCCUUCUUGAGUGAUGGUGCCUCAGCAUGCUUGAUUAUGACCGAAGAGAAGGCUCUAGCCAUGGGUUACAAACCAAAGGCUUACCUCAGGGACUAUGUGUACGUGGCACAGGACCCCAAAGAUCAACUGUUAUUGGGGCCUGCCUACUCUAUCCCCAAGGUCCUGGCCCGCUCUGGGCUGACCCUCGAUGAUAUCGAUGUGUUUGAGAUUCACGAGGCCUUCGCUGGUCAGAUCCUUGCAAACCUGAACGCUCUCAGCUCUGACUACUGGUGCCAGAAUUUCCUAGGAGCCAAAUCUAAGGUUGGAGCGAUCCCGAUGGACAAGAUGAACCUCUGGGGCGGAUCUCUUUCCAUCGGUCAUCCUUUCGGAGCCACGGGGGUCAGGCUGGCCACCACGUCGGCCAAUCGUCUGGAGAAGGAGGAUGGUCAGUUUGCUGUUCUUGCUGCUUGUGCUGCCGGUGGACAUGGACACGCAAUGGUUGUGGAGAGGUACCCAUCUUCAUAAUGACCAAGAGACAUCAUUCUAUGUUGUACAUAUCGAUUAUAAAACUAAAUUACUUCACAGGAAACAUUAACUGAAAAGAAAACUGCUUUGUGUCACAGAGCAAUAUGUAUAUUGUAUAGAAUUCAAUGGAACAUCAGGUUUACAUACAGAAGAGAGAAAGGAAAUAAAAGGCAUUCACUGCUGUUGAAUUACAUUGAUGAAAUGUUCUGUGCAGAUUAUUUUUUUUCUUUGGGUCAUACAGGCCAUCCAUAUCUCUUUCCAGGAUGAAUAAAACAAAGUGAGAAAAACUUUUAGAAUGAACAGCCAACAUGCAAUUGUGCUCCAUAAUUUAAAGUAACUCUUUUUGUAUGAACUAUUGUUGUGGGAGGUGAAAAUGCAUGUUUAUAUAUUUUCAAGGAUUGUUUUCACCAGGGGAGUAUUUCAUGAAACAGGUAUUUAUAAAAAGUUUUAACUAUUUGUUUAUAAUAUAGACUACUGAAAUCUUAGCAUCUGAUUGGCUCAUAGCAUAUUUGUUAGUGAAAAUAACUGACAAGAUGCUACAUGAAAUACUCCAAAGGCUCAUAGAAUGUAUUAUUUAAAAUGAUUAUCUGUCAUGCGUGUUCCCGUUUUACAAAUACCUGACAGGUACAAUCAAUGUAUUUUUGCUGGAUAGCUAGUCUUAUAUUGCAUUGAAAAUAAAUGUAUGUAUAUCCAUUCCAAAGUUAAUAUCAAAACAUUGGUUUUAGAAGUAUGAUAACGGAGCCAAGAUUUAGUUAGGUAUUUAACGGUUCAUAGCCAGGCGUUGUUAUACAUUUUGGUCUAAUACCAAGACCAUCUUUUUCUCUUGUACCAUGUUUUGUACCAUUGGUUCUCAACUAAUUAUUGCAGUGGCACCAAGAAUUUGUGAGUAUUGGGGCAGA